AUGGGAGGGAGCUGUCGACUAGCACAUAUGAUCUUCACUCUUACUGUACUAAUUAUAAUAGGCAACUGUAACAGAAUAUCUGCCGGUAAGGGAGAUUCUCUUUCCUUGGGCUCAUCGCUCAUUGGAAAUCAGACAAUAAUUUCAAAGAAUAGGACGUUUGAAUUGGGGUUUUUCAGCCCAAAUGGAGGCAAUAACUGGUAUCUCGGCAUCUGGUAUGCCAACAUAGCAGACAAGAUCAUCGCUUGGGUGGCUAAUAGGGAGAGUCCGGUGAAAAACAAGCCUGGCGUUCUGAAGCUGUCAAAAGAAGGUAAUCUGGGACUGCUUGAUGUAGAGGGCACGUCUCUUUGGUCGGUCGAUGUAUCAAACAAGAUCUCACGUGCUGUGCUGUUAGAAUCUGGAAAUUUUAUUAUGUUGAGCGAUGACAAUAAAUCUGAGACUCUUUGGCAGAGUUUAGACUAUCCUGUAGAUACCGUGUUGCCCGGGAUGAGGAUCAGUGGAAAGAAAAAGCUAGUCGGUUGGAAAAGCUCAUUUGAUCCUGCUCCUGGGCUUUUCUCCCUUCACUUGGAUCCAUCUGGAGCUGAGCAAUUCGUGCUAACAUGGAACAUUUCCGUCCAGUAUUGGGCGAGUGGAACUUGGGACGGCCACAUAUUCAGUGCAAUUCCGGAAAUGGUAAACGGAGACUACUACGAAGCCACCAUUGAAAAUACAAGCUCUGGUUUGUAUUUCAGUUAUAAAUUGCUAAACGGGGCAUCACGUUUUCUCCAACUUAAGUCUGGAGGAAUACAAGAAUAUGCUUUGUUUGAUGGCACUAAAUGUACCUUGGUGGCCACUCACCCCAGAGAUCAAUGCCGCGUAUAUGGUUUUUGUGGCGCUUACGGAAGCUGCAACUCCAACAAUCUUCAAUUUUGCAGUUGCGUGGAAAGCUUUGCCCCGGCAGACAUCCGCGCCUGGAAUUCGCAAGACUGGUGGUCAAGUGGCUGUGUUCGGCAGAGCCCAUUAAACUGCAGUGCCCAAAAAGGCAGCACUGACGAAUUUAUCGAGCCUGGUGUAACGUUGCCUGAUGAUUCAGCUACGUCGUACUCGGCACCCACAAAGGAAGAUUGCGAGAAAGCAUGCCUCCGCAACUGCUCGUGCACAGCCUUCGCUUUCAUUUCUCCUUCGGGACCCUGUCAAAUCUGGUCCGGAGAUUUGCUAAACAUGCAUAAUUCUCAAUCAAAUAGCGGAUCGACUGUUUCCAUUCGCGUAGCAGCCUCUGCACUUCCAAAGUUUCACAAACCGUCGUCCAGCAAACUGAAAAUCAUAAUUAUUGUGACUGCUCUCGCCCUUGCUUUGAGCAUAUUUUCAUUUUUUAUGUGGCUAAGAUAUCGGAUACGACCACCUAUGGAGACGUCUGAGGAUUCCUCGGACUCUUCUCUUAAAAUGUUUAGUUACAAGGAGUUGAAGAUUGCUACGAGGAAUUUUAGGUCUAAGUUGGGGAGUGGAGGAUUCGGCUCAGUUUUCAAAGGAUCUUUAAAAGACGGUACACUUGUAACCGUAAAGAAACUGGAAGGUUCAAGACAACAUGAUAAGCAAUUCCGGGCGGAAAUCAGUUCUCUUGGCAACAUACAACAUGCGAAUUUGAUCAGGCUUCGAGGGUUUUGUGCAGAAGGAUCCAGAAGGUUACUAGUUUAUGAUUACAUGCCCAAAGGCUCUCUAAAUUCCUUACUGUUCACUAGUAAUUCCAUAAGUAAAGGGAAGGUACUGGACUGGAAAACCCGAUUCCAGAUCGCUUUAGGCACUGCACGAGGUUUAGUUUAUCUCCACGAGGAGUGUAGAAAUCGCAUCAUUCAUGGCGAUAUAAAGCCCGAAAACAUUCUUCUGGAUUGUAAUUUUUUACCCAAGUUAGCAGAUUUUGGGUUGUCAAAGCUUGUGGGCAGAGAUUUCAGCCACUUACUGACUACAACGAGAGGAACAAUAGGGUAUUUGGCUCCAGAGUGGAUCUCCGGUCUUCCCAUCUCUCCCAAGGUUGAUGUUUACAGUUUUGGUAUUACGCUCUUGGAAAUCAUUUCUGGUCGAAGAAGUUUAGAUUUAAACGUGCAAGAUUCAAGUAAGUAUUACUUUCCUGCCUGGGCUGCAACUCAAAUUUGCCAGGGGAAGAUGAUUAGUGUUGUGGACGAAGGUAUUGCAGCGGAGACAGAUAUUGAAGAGGUCAGAAGAGCAACCGUUGUAGCAUUGCUAUGCCUUGAAAGGGAUGAGGAGGUGAGGCCAAGCAUGGGACAAGUGGUGCGUAUGCUGGAAGGGAAUAUGAAGCCUCAAACUCCCCAGCUGCUGAGCUCUGCACUCGUGGACAAACAGGCAGACCGAAGCGACACAAGCUAA